GCUUUUCAGUGAAGAGACCACAGAUUGAAGGAGGAGUGUGUGUGUGUGUGUGUGUCUGUGUCUGUGUUGUUAUAAAUCUUUAUUCUCUCUCUCUCUCUCUCUCUCCAUCAUGUCCCCGAGGCGCCGCCAGUGGCUGGAGGUGGUGACCAGGGCUCUGGUGAUGCUUCACGCGUUGGCGUUGAAAGGUCCCACGUUGGCGGACUCCGGCGCAUCUGGAUGGAGUUAUUCUGGACCUCACGGAGAAGACGAAUGGGGAUCAAGCUAUCCACACUGUGGAAGUGUACACCAGCAGUCACCCAUAGACUUUCACAAUGGCAUCUUCGCCUACGAUCCCUCGCUGAAGCCCAUGCAGUUGAUGGGAUACAACCUAUCGGAAACUGAGAGAUUGACCUUGACAAAUGAUGGGCAUGCACUAAAAUUGAGUUUGCUUCCGACCAUGCACAUCACAAGCUUGCCUGAUCGUUACACUGCAGUGCAGCUGCAUAUGCACUGGGGAAGUAAGGCUGAGCCCAAUGGAUCUGAGCACACCAUCAGUGGGCAACAUUACCCGUCAGAGCUGCAUAUCGUUCACUACAACUCUGAUAAAUAUGAGUCUGUUACUGAAGCACAGGACAAGCCUGAUGGCCUGGCUGUUCUUGGAAUUCUUAUUGAGGUUGGAAACUUCAACCCUGCUUAUGAGAUCGUAUUUAGUCAUCUGAAAGAAAUCCAGUAUAAAGAUCAAAAGAUCUACAUGCCUGGUUUCAAUGUUGAAGAUCUUCUUCCUGACCGACUGGAUCAAUACUUUCGCUAUAAUGGGUCCCUCACAACCCCUCCUUGUUAUCCCAGUGUGCUCUGGACGGUUUUCAGGAAGUCUGUACAAAUCUCUAAUGAACAGCUUAACGAGCUAGAGAGCGAUUUGUUUGUCUCGGAUAAAGAGGAAACUAAUCAAACUGGAAUGGUGAAGAAUUUCCGUCACGUGCAGAAACUGGGGAAACGAGAGGUCCUAGUCUCAUUCCAUGAAGAUUCUACACAGAAAUUGUCCCUAGGUGUAGUCCUGGCGGUGAUAUUGUGCUGUGUGUUUGGUGCCCUUGCUAUUUUAGCAUUGGGUUGCUUCUUGCUGAGAAAAAGAACAAAAAAGGCGACUGAAAACCAAGGAGUUAUCUACAAACCUGCAGGAGACAAAGAUGAUGACCUUUCGUAAGGAUGAACGAAAAGCAUCCAUUGAAAAACAUUUAAAAUAUUCAGUCAAUUUUUCACAUAAUAUGAAGUUUCAAUUGUUGCAUAGGACCAAUAUUUACAAGUUUAAAAGCUUAUUUUUAUUAACCCGAUUCCUGUAGCACGUUCUGCAUCUUUGAAACAAAUCCAAUGUUUUAAUGACCAAGUUUAACUUGUAUACGCAAGGACAAUAUUCUAAAUGCUUGUUAUAGAAAUGUAAAUUGUGUUUGAUCCAAAUCUAGUGACUUUACAUACCUUUUUUAGUGUUAGCUGCUUCUUAGAGUAUGUUGAUUUGUAAAGUAACAUUUUCACUAAAUGUAUCGCCUGGUCCCAACUAUUUUAUUCGUAAACUCAUUCACCCAAUUAACAUUUCAAAGGCGACGUUAGUUGAUCAAAGGGGCCAUUGCAACUGGCUACUUCACCUACCACCACAACACCCCACACCCACCUACUUACCAAUGUUCACUGUCUUUAGGUCAAGAACAGUGUGGGUGAGAAUUGUUCCCAAAGCACAAGCAACUUCUCUCAGAAGAGGGCAAGAGAAUGUUUGAGUGGAAGCAAACUGUGACCGAUUGACAAUUUGUUUGAGCAACUUUGGGUCUCAGCCUUUCAAUAUUCAUUUAAAGUGUUCCUUCAGUAAAGUCUACCACAAUCUACUUUCUCUUUAUAUGUCUUAACCCCUUUGUGAUACCCACAGUCAUUUCUUCCUGUUAUUGUUGACAUAGGAGCACAAAAGUGUCCCAAGCGGUGAGCACAAGCCACUUCCUGUUGACUUUCUUUCUGGUCGAGUCUGAUUUGUGGGCAAUUAAAGAUCUUGUCUGAGUUUCAGAUGAAUACUGCCUUGGGAUUGAGAUCACCUUGUAAUGCGUUUUACCACUUUCUUCGGGACUUUUAAACCCAUUCCUUCCUUGCUCAAUAAUACAAAAAAAUGUGUUUGUUCCAAACUUUUUUUUGUUCAGCAAACUUUUUUGUCUACAUAAUGUUAAGUCAGCUAAAGUUUUUUUAAGGUUCAGUGAAUACAUCAAAUUCAAAACUGUCUAGAUUUCUUUUGGAAUAAUGCAGACAGUGUAAAUACAGUAUAUUCCAGACAUUGCAGUGCUGUACAGUGUUUAACUUCAGUUUAAAAGAAUGCAAGAAUGUAAUUUAUUAAAUACAAGGAAGGAAAAAGCAGUGUAUUUUUGUAAGAUUUAGUUGAAACCUGGAUAGAUUUAAGAUGUUUCUGACAAAUAUGGAGAUGAAGCAAUUUUCAGGCUCUGAUCCUGAAUAUCUGAUGAUUCCAGCAAUAAGUGUUGAUGCUUUUUAAACACGGUCUUUGUUCUGUACUUUUAAAACUGUCAAACUAGUGUUGAAGUUUAAUAAAGAGCAAAGUGUCACUUUAA